AUGGUUUACAACAGAGAUCCGAUUGAGACGUCUUCACCGCCGCGAUUUGGUGGUGAAGGGGACGAGUACAACACAAUACCCACCCAACCUCUAGAUCGCAUGUCGCGGUCGCCACAUGUCGCUAUACCAUCAGAACCUUUCGUUACGCAGCCUACGCAGCCUCUCCUACCGCAUACGACGCAACCUACACAGCCAUUGACGCCGGGCAAGAAUCGAAUGUACAACCCGACUUCGUCGCAAGUCCAAGUGCCUCGCUCGUCGCCCGCCGCAGAGCGAUUCUCCUCGCCCUUCGCAAAUAAGUCGCAGUCGCAGUCGCAAAACCGCCCCCGAAUUAUCAGCGCAAUGGCACCGCCGGGCACGAUGGCUCGUUUUCCAAGUGCCGUUCCGCGUCCGCAAACCAUCGACAUAACUUCAGACGACCCGCCUGUUGCGCAAGACUCAGAUGAGGAGGAAUGGGGAGGGUCUAAUAUACCUAUGUCGAAGUUGGAGCAGCAACGUGUGCAGGAGACGCCGCAGAAGUCAUCGUCUUUCGGUUUCGACCUGGCAGACAAAUUUGCGCACAACACGAACGGAAAGCGACCUGCGGAUGCAGCAAGCUCUUUUCCGCCAGCUAAGAGGCCGGCGAUCAGUCAGACUGGUCCGUCUCGAGCGCAGGCUAUCGAUCUCACAGACGAAAUGACGCUUGAAGAUAUCCCCGAUGUUAAUCUGAGGAAUAAGGUGAAAAGGUUAGGGGAUAUAUACAUAAAGAUCUCUGUCCAAGACAGACUCAAUGCGUUGAUGUCCAAGAAAGGAAACUUCGACGAUACGGCCGACUUCCUUGCGACUUUGCCUGAGAAAGAAGAACAGCGAAGCGCACCCAAAGGUACGGCGGUACAGCGGUCAUCACCGGAACCUAUGGUGACGAAGGCGACGACAGCGAAGCGCGUGCUCAGCAAGCCUUCAGUGAGCUUGCAGGAUCGAUAUGCGAAGACAACUAGCCAACCCGCUGCACCAACGGCCGAGAGCCCGCAGAAGCCGGCGAGGAAAGGCAAGCUUAUGCGUGGCCGACGGAACCGUUCAACAACCCCGAUUACGCUCUCUUCUUCUCCGCCACCUCCACCGCCGCGCCUGCAACAGAAACCAAACCAGAGAGUACCGCAUGAAGACGACGAGGGUAUCAUCAUCUCUGAUGACGAUUCAGACGUUCAGCAAGAGGAAGAAGAGGUGUUCCACGAUGACGGCGAGCUGUUGGAUUUCUUCAACAACUGCACUGUGGAGGGAAUGGUCGAUCUCUCUGGUCACAAAGCAGAGGACAUCCGAUUGAUCUUCGAGCAUCGCCCUUUCAUAUCGCUUGACAAAGUCGAGAAAUUACAUGUCGACUCACGGAAACCGGACACCGGCAAGAAAGCGCGGAAACCGAAGAUUACGUUUGGUGAGAGGCUUGUUGAUGCUGCGAGGGCCAUGUGGAACGCGUAUACCACAAUCGACGAGGUUGUCAAGAAGUGUGAGGAACGGGGUCGCCCGAUGGUCAACGGCAUGGCGCGCUGGGGCAUCAAUAUUUUCGGAGCUUCCACCGAUGGCGAAAUCGCAGCCACGAGCCUUGAUGAUAGCGACACUGGGUCGAACCGCGAUUCCGGAUACCAAAGCCCCAACACAGUCGGAAGUGACUCGGAUCGAGAGGACAUGCGCAAGGUAGCCGAUCGUGCUUCUGGAAAGAGAAAGCUAUUGAAGAAACCGGCUAUCAUGAACGCCGACGUCGAGCUGAAAGACUACCAGGUCGUCGGGCUAAAUUGGCUGAAUCUGCUUUGGCAGAACAAGAUCUCUGGUAUUCUGGCCGACGACAUGGGUCUAGGAAAGACGUGCCAGGUGAUUGCGUUCUUGUCUCACCUCAAGGAGUCUGGCGCUCCAGGCCCUCACCUCAUUGUGGUUCCUGGCUCGACUCUUGAGAACUGGGCACGAGAGUUUAAGCACUUCGCUGAGGAGAUCGACUUCCAGAUCUACUACGGUGGACAGAACGAGCGCUUCCAAAUGCAGGAGGAGAUUCUGGACAAGAUCGAAAACGGCGACAUCGAUGUGGUUCUCACCACGUAUGAUCUUUGCGGUAGGAGGGAGGAUAAUAGCUUCCUGCGCAAGUGCAAACCGCAAAUGGCCAUAUUCGAUGAAGGCCACAUGCUGCGGAGUUCGAACACGAAGCGCUACCAAGAUCUCAUGAAGAUCAAGGCGCAAGUCCGUCUCCUGCUUACCGGAACGCCGCUACAAAACAGUCUACAAGAGUUGGCUUCUAUCCUGGCGUUUCUGAUGCCAGACAUCUUCGAGGCCGAGGAUGUUCGCGAAAGCGUUGCUGUAGUCUUCAAGCACAAGGCCAAGGUCAACGAGAGUGAUACACACGGCACCCUCCUCUCAACCCAGCGUAUCAAUCGUGCCCGGUCCAUGAUGACGCCGUUCGUCCUCCGCAGGAAGAAGGCCCAAGUGCUCAAGCACCUCCCCAAGAAGACCUGCCGCGUAGAAUACUGCGACCUCACCCCGAUCCAGAAGAAGCUCUACUCCGAACAACUCGAGCGCCAGCGCAAAAUCCUCGUCGACCGCGCCGCCGGCCUCCUCCCCAAAGAAACCGCAAACGUCAUGAUGCGCCUCCGUCAAGCCGCCAUUCACCCGCUCCUCUUCCGCGAACGCUUCACAGACGACAUCCUCCGCAGAAUGUCAAAGGUCCUCCCCAAAGAAGACAUCUUCCGCGAGAGCGUCCCAGAGUACAUAUACCAGGACCUCGAGCCCUACCGCGACUUCGAAGCCCACAAGCUCUGUCUGCAGUACCCGCGCAGCAUUGGGAAAUUCGCCCUCAAAAACAACGAGUGGUUGGACAGCGGAAAGGCGCAGAAGCUGGUCGAGCUGCUGCGCACGUUCAAGGCGAAUGGGGAUAGAGCGCUGGUCUUCAGCCAGUUUACCUCCGUCAUGGACAUCCUCGAGUGGGUGCUCGACUCGGAGGAUAUAGGCUACUGUCGCAUCGACGGGUCGACGCCUAUCACGGAGCGCCAGCAGCUGCUCGAUGUGUUCUACCAGGACGAGAGCAUCCCUGUUUUCAUGCUGAGCACGAAGAGCGGCGGUGCGGGGAUUAAUCUUGCGUGCGCGAAUAAGGUUGUUAUUUUCGAUUCGAGUUUUAAUCCGCAGGACGACAUUCAGGCGGAGAAUAGGGCGCAUCGCGUGGGGCAGACGAGGGAGGUGGAGGUCGUGAGGCUGGUGACCAAGGGUACCGUCGAGGAGCAGAUUCAUGCGCUGGGCGUGAGCAAGCUUGAGCUUGACAAGAUGGUUGCCGGCGAUGAGGGCGAGGAUAAGAAGGGCGCGAAGAAGGGCAAGAAAGAUGAUGUUGCGUUGGACGCGGCGGAGAAGCAGGGCUUAGAGGCCGUGGAGCAGAUGCUACUCAGGCAGCUGGAGGAGGAGAAGGGUGAAAAGGGCGAUGUGAAAGAGCAGUUUAUGGAUGGGCUGAAGAAGGCGGGCUUGGAUAUGAGCGCUGCGGAGUGA